AUUAUCAUUUGGUCACAGACUCUUGAGGAGCACGAACGUAAUGUUUGCCGUGUUCUAUCUGCCUUGCGUGACGCACACUUGUACUGUUCACUAAAGAAGACACUAUUGUUUGCUACUGAAAUGGACUUUCUAGGUCAUCACAUUUCCGCA